GUCAGUCAGAAUUCAGAACUGUCAUUACCAAUCGAAGACGAAUUACAAUGAUAUUUUCUACAUUAUAAUUUAUUUAUGAAAUUAAUUUAAUUUGAAUUUACUGCAUUUUUCAAUUCAAAUUUACCCAUACUAGUUACAAAGAAGCCCUUACAAGUCAACAACAUGUUCCAAUUCGGCUUCAACAUGUUCCCGGACAUCCCGAGGCCCUUCAACAUGACCUACAAAUGUUACUCAGUGGCCAUGUUUCCGGGAAACGAAAGACAGGAUGUCGAACGUGGAGGAAAAAUAAUCAUGCCACCCUCUGCACUGGAACAGCUCACUCGAUUAAACAUCAACUACCCCAUGUUAUUUAAACUAGUCAAUAAGAAGACGAGUCGCACGACUCAUUGCGGCGUGUUGGAAUUCGUGGCGGACGAAGGAAAAGUCUACCUUCCGUUAUGGAUGAUGCACAAUUUGGUACUAACCGAAGGCGAUUUGGUUCAAAUGGAAAGCGUCUCGUUGCCGGUGGGCACCUUUUCCAAAUUCCAACCGUUGAACCCGGAUUUCCUCGACAUAACCAACCCGAAGGCCGUGCUGGAGAAUUGCCUGCGGUCCUUUGCUUGUCUGACGACCGGCGACGUGAUAGCCGUGCGGUACAAUCAAAAGGCGUACGAAUUGUGCGUGCUGGAAACGAAACCCGGCAACGCCAUCAGUAUAAUCGAAUGCGAUAUGAACGUGGAAUUCGCCGCUCCCGUGGGCUACAAGGAACCCGAGCAUGCGAAGAAAGAAGAGGAAAUGUCGGUGGAUCCCGCCGACUUGAUGCCGGAACCGUCGGGAUUCGUGGCUUUCAGAGGGGCCGGUAACCGAUUGGACGGGAAAAAACGCAAAGAUUCUUCGUCUAACGACGCUCCUUCGGUUAAACCGGCUUACGUCCGGGGAAUUCCCGAUUACGAUUAUCAAAUCGGCACGCUGGACUUCAUCAGGCGUACGGUGAUGAAGCCGAAGGAGAAGGAUAGUAGCGAUGAUGGGGAUGAUUUUAAGGCUUUCAGCGUGGCCACCGGUUAUUAUGUCUAUAAGGAGUUCAAAGAGAGUAAAAAGGGUAAAAACCCGCCGUACGUGUACAUACCGUCGGUGCAGGCGGCCUCUUCCUUCGAAGGCGCCCCGCUGUCAGGCAGACGGACAAAAUUCAAUUUCAUAGCCGACGUGGUCGAGACCUCCGCCCCGGCCGUCGUCUACAUAGAAAUCAAGGACCACCGGAGGGUGGACUUCUUCACCGGCCGCCCCACCACCAUAUCCAACGGCUCCGGUUUCAUCAUCGACUCCAACGGUCUGAUACUCACCAACGCCCACGUAGUCACCAACAAAACCAACGCCAAGGUCGAGGUGAAGCUGAUCGACGGCUCCAUAUACCAAGGCCAAGUGGAGGACAUCGAUUUGAAAAGCGACUUGGCCACUGUAAGGAUACCGGCCAAGAAACUACCCGUCAUGAAGCUCGGCAACUCCUCGGAUCUCAAACCGGGCGAAUUCGUAGUAGCCAUCGGUAGUCCCCUAGCGUUGAGUAACACAGUCACCAGCGGCGUGGUGAGUUCCACGCACAGAGGAUCCGCCGAAUUGGGUCUGAUGGGCAAAGACAUGGUGUACAUCCAAACGGACGCCGCCAUCACCUUCGGCAAUUCGGGCGGGCCGCUGGUCAAUCUCGACGGCGAGGCGAUCGGCGUCAAUAGCAUGAAAGUCACGGCCGGCAUCUCCUUCGCCAUACCCAUCGACUACGUCAAGGCGUUCCUCAAAUCGGCCACCGGCCCCAAGAAGACCAACAACCAGAAGCGCAUGUACCUCGGCAUCACCAUGUUGACGCUGACGCCGCAGAUCAUCUUCGAAUUGCAGCAGCGGAACCACGACGUGCCCAGGGACAUCGAUCGCGGCGUGCUCGUCUGGAAGGUCAUCUACGGAUCGCCGGCGCAUUUGGGCGGUUUGUUACCGGGCGACAUCGUGACCCACAUCGACGGUAAGCAGGUGCAACAUUCGAACGACGUGUACGGUUUCCUGGAGGGCGGCCAUUCCAAGGAGAUGAGGCUGUCGGUGAACCGGAGCGGCAGGAAAAUGGAGCUGACCAUCACCCCCGAAGAUCUUAGUUGAUAGGAAAUAUAAGUAAUCCGGUUUUAUUUUUCCGCGAAUUUAAUUAAAAAAAAAGA